AUGCGUCACGAUGAGGUAAAAAGCCAAUUCUUUUGUUCUAAAAGGAAAGAGGAAAGGUUCCUUUUCCCUUUUCAAAAGAAAAAAUAGGGGGAAACCUCAUAAAAAAUAUAUAUGUAUAUGUAUAUAUACAAUAAAAUAGGGCAAAUUCCGGACGGAGAAGAAGACAAAUGAUGAAUUGAGCAUAAAAAUGAGCUUUUUAUUGCUCAUAUUAUGGAAUUUUUGAUGAAAAUUAGUAUAAAAUGAGCAAUCUUGCGUGGAAAAACAUGAAAAAUAGUCUAAAAUGAGCAAUGGGUCGAAUUUUUAGCUCAAAUUUGCAAAUUCUUCUAUAAAAUGAGCAAUGAACUAAUUUUUCUUGUCAAAAAUAGUAUAAUAUGAGCAAUAUACUGAUUUUACUGCAUAACAUGAGCAAUACUCUACUUUAAUAGCAUCAUAUGAGCAAUGCUCCAAAUUUAGUGAAUAACAUAAGCUAUUUGCGGAUUUUACAGUAUAAUAUGAGCAAUGAUUCGAUUUUUAGUUAAAAAUAGGCUAAUUUUCUACUGAAAAACGAAAUUUUUCAUUAAUUUCAUUUUAAUAUGAGCAAUGCUCCAUUUUUCAUCAAAAACAACCUAAUAUGAGCAAUUUUCAUCAGAAAAAUCGUAAUUUUUAUGAAAAAUACUAUAACAUGAGCAAUUCUACAUGAAAAAUCCAAUAUUUCCGUCUCUAACAUGAGCAAUACUCAAUUUCCCAUGAAAAAUCCGAAUUUUGCCAAUGAAAUUAGCUCGAUUAAAGGAACAUGAGGAGACACAUCGUGUAAAUUAGACUAAUUUCUAAUGUAUAUUAUAUUUAUUUAUUAUUUCCCCUCUCUUCUUUUCUCUCAUCUACUAUUAAUUAUCGUUAUUUAUAAAUUUAUGGGGAAAAAGGGAAGAAUCUUAGCACAUCUGGUUCGAUAAAAUAUAGUGCUAAAAGUAAAUUGAAAAAGGGGGAGAGUUAGGCUAAGUGUUUGGAAUUUUUAACCUAAAAAUCCUGGUUUUAAAGGGAUAAAAAUGAGCAUUGCUCAUAUUAGCCUAUUUUUUUUCAUGAAAAAUGUGUAUAAAAUCAGCGAUUUGGACAAUUUUUGAUGAAAAAUAGUAUAACAUGAGCAAUUUUCCCAUAAAAAUGUGAAUUUCGACAAUUUUUCAUUGAAAAUAUGUAUAACAUGAGCAAUGCUCCGAAUUUAUUGCUCAUAUUGGACAAUUUUUGAUGGAAACUAGUAUAGCAUGAGCAAUUUCACAUAGAAAUUGUAAAUUUUGACAAUUUUUGAUGAAAAUUAGUAUAACAUGAGCAAUUAUCUUAUUUUACUGUAUAAAAUGAGCAAUAAUCAAAAUUUUUAGUGGAAAAUGAAUGCAUAUAACAUGAGCAAUCCUACAUUUUUUCAUCAAAAAUUUCGAUUUCAACUCUAAUAUGAGUAAUGAUCAUUUAAAGCUCAAAAAAUCCAAAAAAAAAUGAGCAAUAUUUUUCAAAAAUCGCAUUUUUUCAGAUUAUUUUCUAUAACAUGAGCAAUUCCUCAAAAAUUCCGUUUUUUUGAAAAAUAGUUUAACAUGAGCAAUGCUCCUUUAAAAUUCCAGAUUUCUAGAGCCCAGAUAAGCCUAGUUUCCGUCUGAAAAUCCAAAUUUCUAGAUCCUAAUUAAGCCCAGUUUCAGGUCUAAAAUCCUAGAUCUUCUCAGCCUAACCAAGCCUAGUUUCAAGGCCGAACAUCCAGAUUUCUAGAGCCCAGAUAAGCCAAUAUCUCUAGGCCCAAAAUCCUGGUAAGCCCAGAUAAGCCUGUACCUGUAGGCCUAAAACAAGAUGUUUUGAGCCCAGAUAAGUCCAGAAUUCAGGUCUAAAAUCCAGAUUUCUAAAGCCCAGAUAAGCCUAGUUUCAGGGCCCAGAUAAGCCUAACUCUCCCGAAAUUUCCAGCUCCACAUCAUCCUUCUGAUCUUGCUCAUCUCAAAUCCAACUCCAGUGAGAACAUCCAUAGAUUUCACAGUGGAAGAGGAGAAUUCAAGCAAACAUCAACAUCAUCAUCACCGACAUCUACACAAAUUAAGGGAUAGUCGAAGUGAGUUCAGGGGCUUGGAUCGGGCCUGGAUCGGGCCUAUAAUCUAGGCUAGAUUGGGGCCUAUAUUUCAGGCUUAUUCAGGUCUAUAUUAGGCCUAUAGAUCAGCCUAUUUCAGGCCUGAUUUAGGCUCAUAAUCUAGCCUAGAAUGGGCCUAUUUUCAGGUAUGAUCUAGAGAGGUUAUAAGGCCUAUAAAUCAGCCUAGAUCUCAACCUAGACCUUCAGAAUCCACCCCAGAUCUUAGCCGUAAUCCCGUAGCAUCGUAGUUUCAGACAUCCAUCAUCAUCCCUACAUUUCUGCCUCAUCUUCAAUUAUAAAUCCCAAAAAUCCGGGUCGUCUUGAGCAAUUUUCAUUGAAUUGUCCACACGUGGCUGAUGCCAGCAAUAAAGAUGUGAGUUUUUUUGGAGCUCUGGAGCAUUUUCUAAGCCUAAGAAGCCCCCAGGGCCAUUUCUAGGCUAAAAAAAGCCCAUAGGGCCAUUUCGAGGCCUAAAAAAGGCCCCUAAAGCCUAAUUUUUGGUCUUAAAAGCCUCUAGAACCACUUUUAGACCGAAAAAAGCCCCCAGUGCCUAAUUUUCAGAUUAAAAACCACCUAAAACUUUCUCUAGAUCUGAAAAAGCUUCUGGAAGCUAUUUCUAAGCCUAAAAAUGCUGCUGAAACGAUUUCUGAGCUUGAAAAAGCUUCUUAGGACCAAAUAAAGCUUCCAGAAUCAUUUCUAGGCCUUAAGAAGCUCCUAAAGCCCUAAUCUUGGUCUAAUAAGCUUCUAAGGCCUUAAUUUUGGUCUAACAAGCUUCUAAAGCCCUAUUUUUGGUCUAAAAAGCCUCUAGAACCAUUUCUAACCCUAAAAAAGCCCAUAGGACCAUUUCUAGGCUAGACAAAGCUUCUGGGAUCAAUUCUAGGCUCGAAAAAGCCCAUAGGGCCAUUUCUAGACCGAAAAAGCCUCUAGAGCCUAAUUUUUGGCCAAAAAAGCCCCCAGAUCCAAUUCCAGGCUUCAGAAAGCCUCUAGAACCAUUUCUAGGCUCAAAAAAGCCCCCAGAUCCAAUUCCAGGCCCAAAAAAGCCCCCAGAACCAUAUCUAGGCCUAAAAAAGCCCCCAGAUCCAAUUCCAGGCCCAAAAAGCCCCCAGAACCAUUUCUAGGCCCAAAAAAGCCCCGAUGGACAAUUCCAGGCUUUAGAAAGCCUCUAGAACCAUUUCUAGGCUCAAAAAAGCCCCCAGAAUCGUUUCCAGGCUCAAAAAAGCCCCCAGAGCCUGAUUUUAGAUCGAAAAAGCCCAAAAAGCCCAAUUUCAGGUCCGAAUCGAGGUAGUCUGGACGCUAAACGAGACAAUUUGGCUAAAAAUCGAGGACGGCGAGCGAAAAUAUGUGCACGGCGAGUCGACAUUCAAUAAGCGACGAGUUUCAGGUGCGCAAAAAAUCCCUGUGCACGUGGCAAAAAUUUUUUUGCAGGAAAGACAGUGAUGCGCGUGUUGCUGAACAAUGCACGCUAUCUAUUUGACUACGACGAGUUGACCGGCGAUUUUUCGAUGGAAAUCAAUCCGGUUUUGAUGACGUGGGAUUUGGGCGCGUGGCAGUGCCACGUCACAGUUUGGCAGCCCGAUGGGGCCCAGUACACGUUGACUAGUCGGAGUCGGAUAAGGCCGCAGGGGGGCGGGGAGGAGAAGGUAGGCCAAGGCCUAGAGCUCGUAGAGCUCUGAAGGAAGGCCAGUUUUUGGUCCGCAAUGUAUCAAAAAUGGUCCUAAGGCCCUAAUUUAGGUACCUAAAGCCUAAAAUCCAUCGGAAAUGCCUUUUUAAGCUUCUGAAACUUCAGAAUCUCAGGAAAGCCCAGAAAAUAGGCUUUAAAGGUCUGAAAAUACCUUAAAAUGAUCCUAAGGCCCUAAUUUAGGUACCAAACUAAAGCCUUUAAAAGCUUAAAUUUGAUCUACAAAAAAAUCUACAGUAACCUGUUUAUAAACCCCUGGAUUACCUACAGUAACCCAAGGUGAUUUGAUAUUUUUCGAGCCAAAUUUCGAUCUACUUUCUGCAAAAUUUAUAUCAGAGAAAUUUGUGCAAACAUUAGUGCCACAUAUCAUUUUGGAAUCUUUUCGAAAAAUAUUUCCAAUAUUUUUGAAACGUACAUUUUCCACCCGGAUAUUUUUGAAUGAUAUUUUCUGAUUUUUUCAGAAUUUUUGAGGGGAUUACUGUAGAGUACACGUGGCAAAAUUAAAGCUAAAAAUUAGAGCUAUUUCAGAUAUUUUCAGUCAUUUUUUGGGGCUGAAAAUUUUUUUCGCAAACUUUUUUUUCCCUGAUCAAUUUUUCCAGAAAAAAGUUCAAAAACAAUUCCAGAUCCAAAUUUUGUGCUGAAAAUGCUGAAAUUACUCAAAAUUGCUGUUAAUUAAUGUUUCCAGCGUUUUCAGCAGAAACUUCGAGUCUAGAAUCAGAAAUUCUUGAAAAUAACCCCCUUGAUCAAAACCUUCACUUCAAAAUCAUUUCCAGAUCCAAAUUUUGUGCUGAAAACGCUGGAAACAUUGAUUUUCAGCAAUUUUAGGUAAUUUCAGCAUUUUCAGCUCAAAAUUUGAGUCAGGAACUAUUUUUCAAAUUUUUUUCUCAAGAAAAAAAGUUUGCAAAAAACUUUUUGAGCGCCAAAAAAUGGCUGAAAAUAUCUGAAAUUUUUAGUUUUAAUUUUGCCACGUGUACUCUACAGUAAUCCCCUCAAAAAUUCUGGAAAAAUCAGAAAAUAUCAUCCAAAAAAAUCCGGGUGGAAAAUGUACGUUUCAAAAAUAUUGGAAAUAUUUUUCGAAAAGAUUCCAAAAUGAUAUGUGGCACUAAUGUUUGCACAAAUUUCUCUGAUAUAAAUUUUGCAGAAAGUAGAUCGAAAUUUGGCUCGAAAAAUAUCAAAUCACCUUGGGUUACUGUAGGUAAUCCAGGGGUUUAUGAACAGGUUACUGUAGAUUUUUUUGUAGAUCAAAUUUAAGCUUCAAAAUUUGUAUCAUUUUUUUCCGUCAAGGUUUACGGUAGAGUACUGUAUAUCAAUGAAUUACUGUAGACUUUCAGCAUUUUCAGCACAAACUUUGGGAAAAUUGAUAUAUAUAUGUAUAUAUGUUUCUGGGCUGAAAUUUUGUGCUGAAAAUGCUGGAAUUAUUGAUUUUCAGCAAUUCUAAGUAAUUUCAGCAUUUUCAGCCCAAAAUUUGAGUCAGGCAAUGUUAUUCAAUUUUUUUCCUCAAGAAAUACCAUUGUGAUAACACGUGGAUAUUUUUUCAAAGAUGAUUACUGUAGGUUACUGUAGAUUUGCGUGUUUUUAUCAUUCAAGGUUUAAUUUAGAGCCUUAAGGUCAUUAAGGAGACCUAAAAAGCCUAUUUUCUGGGAUUCUUAGGCAUUAGAAGCUUAAAUAGGCCUUCUAGGCCUUCCUAGUGGGUUUUAGGCUUUAGGGGCCUAAAUUAAGGCUUUCCGGACCAAAAAAUGGCCGUUUCGGGCCUAAAAAAGCCCAUUUUUCGUCCAAAAACAGCAAAAAUUACACCUUUCAGGAUAAACCCUAUAAUUUUGUGCUCAACAAAAAAGCGGAGCCCAAAAAAAUGGUGUUGGCUGGUGGAAGGAGCAAAAACCACAAAGAGCAAGAUUUUGGUGCCGAGAAACGUGGGGACCGAAGUUUGGGCCGCGAAUCGGGCCAGGCCGCUUUUAGUAGGCUUUCGGAUGAUCGAGUUUAUAUUACAAGGUGGGCCAGGCCAAAAAAGGCCGGCCUAGGCUUAUUUGGGCUCAAAAAACCGCAAAUUUUGCAGAAAAGAAGACGAAACUGCUCAAAAAUCGAUAAUUUUCGCUCGCAACGACACUCCGCUCAAAAAAACCGCGCAAAAUUCGCGUUUCGACGCACAAAUUGAUUAUGAAAUUGAUAUGGAAGAUGGGCUAAGUUGGCCGAAUUUUCGAGAGGAGAAUUUGGGGAAAAAUCGAGCGAGGAGUGCACAAUUUUAUCAGAAUUUUGCAAAUUCCCGCAUUUCUUGGGGAUUUUUAUCGAUUUUUUUGGGUUUUUUGUUGAUUUUUGUAUAA